GGACUCUGUUUUGCACAGCAGAAUGUCUGCGGGAUGCAUGAAAACUGGCAGGACGCCUGUUUCAGAUAUGGAAGUUGUGUUUUUUUCUUUAGCUAGAAAGAGCACGCUUAUAGGAGAAUAUGAGAACAUAUUGUGAAGUUCAUUGGGGCGCCGGCGGGAAGGCACUGAGCUGGAGCGGAGGCUCCAAGGUCCUGAACCCAAUCAAGUCCGAUCCAUGACGCUGCUGAGCGGCAAGCUCGUCUGCGGCUGCAGCGUCCAGGAGAUCGACCUGAUCAAUGCCGUUGCUGGCGGAGGCGCGGUCGCUGGUGGCUUCAAGGAACAACCCGUGGAGAUCAAGCCGACUCGGAACGUCAGUCGAACGGCAGAAUUCAGGUUGCUGUGCAGAAGUGCCGCAUUUCCUCAUGGAUUCGCCGGUCUGGGGAUUCUCCAUCAAGCUGUGGCCGCUGAGCGAAAGCACACGCCUGAUGGUCAUCGAUAGGAUGACAGAGAACCCGUCCACCGAGACGCUCUUUUCUCGCAAGUAUGGUCGUUUGGACAAGGAAGAGGCUCGCGAGAACGCUAAGAGGAUUGAAGAGACCUGCUUUGCUUCUGUGGAUGAGCAUUUCAAGGAGGAGCCUGAUGGUGAUGGGAGUUCAGCUGUUCAGCUAUACGCUAGAGAAACUAGCAAGUUGAUGGUGGAGGUCCUGAAGAGAGGCCCAAGGGCAAGUGCCGAGCUGGAAGCACCUGUUGUUAUUGAUGCACCUCUUGAGCCUGCUGAUACAGUGCUCGAUAUAUCUGGUGGCAAGCGUGCUUUUAUCGACACGGACGAAGCAAAGGAACUUCUGAUCCCACUUACCAAGCCGGGGAACUCUUAUAAAAGGAUCUGCUUCAGCAAUAGGAGCUUUGGUAUCGAUGCUGCCAAUGUUGCUGGUCCGAUUCUUGAAUCCAUCAAGAAGCAGAUCACAGAGGUAGACAUCUCUGAUUUUGUUGCAGGAAGGCCUGAGGAUGAAGCCCUUGAUGUGAUGCGCAUAUUCUCCAAAGCCUUGGAAGGUUCUGUGUUGAGAUACCUGAACAUCUCUGACAAUGCUUUAGGCGAGAAGGGUGUCAGGGCAUUCGAAGAGCUCUUGAAAUCACAGGACAACCUGGAAGAAUUCUCUGUGAUGAACGAUGGUAUAUCAGAGGAAGCUGCAAAGGCUCUAUCUGAGCUUAUUCCUUCAACUGAGAUUCUUAAGGUUCUCCACUUCCACAACAACAUGACUGGGGAUGAAGGUGCUUUGUCAAUUGCUGAGAUGGUUAAGCGUUCUUCAAACCUAGAGAGUUUUAGGUGCUCAGCAACAAGGAUAGGAUCUGAUGGUGGGGUGGCAUUGGCUGAGGCAUUAGGGACAUGCACUCGUCUGAAGAAACUUGACCUCAGGGACAACUUGUUUGGUGUUGAGGCAGGGAUAGCUCUCAGCAAAACGCUUCCUAAGCUUCCUGAUCUCGUGGAGCUGUAUCUCAGUGACCUCAAUCUCGAGAACAAAGGUACGAUAGCAAUUGCCAAUGCCCUCAAACAGUCAGCUCCUCGAUUGGAAGUCCUUGAAAUGGCUGGAAAUGAAAUAACUGCGAAAGCAACCCAAGCUUUAGCAGAAUGUCUAACAGUGAUGCAAUCGCUCAAGAAGCUGACGUUGGCUGAGAAUGAACUGGAGGACCGUGGCGCUGUGGUGAUUGCAAAAACAUUAGAAAACAGUCACCCAGAUCUGAAGGAGCUUGAUGUGAGCACAAAUAUGCUGCGGAGAGCCGGAGCUCGGUGCUUUGCCCAGGCAAUCGCAGACAAACCAGGUUUUGUGCAGCUGAACAUCAAUGGGAAUUUCAUCUCUGAUGAAGGAAUUGAGGAGGUAAAAAAGAUUCUGAAGAGUGGUAAGAACUCGCUGAGCGUGCUUGGCUCACUGGACGAGAACGAUCCUGAGGGGGAACCCGGAGAUGGUGACGAGGAAGGGGAUGAGGAGGAUGACGAAGGUGGGCUGGACUCGAAGUUGCAGAACCUCAAUGUUGAGCAGGACUAGUCAAGUUUAGGUUAAGUAGCUAGCUCCAAUAUUUCUCUCCAAUUGGCUCAAGAGUUCUGAAUCUUAUCCAUCCAGGUUAAAUAGAAGGAAUUGCUAUUCCAUUGUUCUAAACCCAGGCAAGCAGCCACAUGGUGCAUGUAUCCUGGGAAUAUAUAUCUGUUCUUCUUUAGCUUCCAUUGGAAAUUAUCUCAUGCUUUAGCAACACUUUGGGUGUCACAAGACCAGGUUAAGAUCCAUGGCAUGUCGAGAGGACCAAAAGCAUUUUGAGCUUGUGCCUAAGACUUGGUUGUUUUUGCUAUUGUGCAUGUGCAAGAAAAUGUUUGGAAAAGAAGUUAAAUUACAACCAUUGUCCAGAAUUAUCUA